ACCCUCCUCUCCACUCAGCCGCUCCCGCCUCCCCAGCGCAGCCGCCCUGCCGCCGACCCUGCCUGGCCCCCGCCCGCCGCCGCCUGACCCGGACACGCGCCCCCGGCCAGCCCCGCUCUCGCUUCCCCCGCCCGGCGGCGGGGCGGUUUCCAGGCGGAACCCGCCUGCGCGGGAACUGGCGCGCUCGGCAGCGGGCGCCGCCGGUCGGCGGAGCCAGGACACCACCGGGCUCCAGCCGCCGCCGCCUCCUUCCUCCUCCUCCUGCUGCUGCUGCUGCCGGGCUGAGCGGCGGGGUCGUCGGCAGCGUGACACGAAGCAGCCGCCUCCGGACUCCUCUUCAUGGCAGGGAACUUCUGGCAGAGCUCGCACUAUUUACAAUGGAUUUUGGAUAAACAAGAUUUGUUGAAGGAACGCCAAAAGGAUUUGAAAUUUCUGACAGAAGAAGAAUAUUGGAAACUGCAGAUAUUCUUUACUAAUGUCAUCCAGGCUUUAGGUGAACAUCUUAAAUUAAGACAACAAGUUAUUGCCACUGCUACAGUCUACUUCAAGAGAUUCUAUGCCAGAUAUUCCCUAAAAAGUAUAGAUCCAGUAUUAAUGGCUCCUACGUGUGUGUUUUUGGCAUCCAAAGUAGAGGAAUUUGGUGUGGUCUCAAACACAAGGUUGAUUUCUGCUGCUACUUCUGUAUUGAAAACUAGGUUUUCUUAUGCCUUUCCGAAGGAGUUUCCUUAUAGGAUGAAUCAUAUAUUAGAAUGUGAAUUCUAUCUUUUAGAAUUAAUGGAUUGCUGUUUGAUAGUGUAUCAUCCUUAUAGACCUUUGCUCCAAUAUGUGCAGGAUAUGGGCCAAGAAGACAUGCUGCUACCCCUCGCAUGGAGGAUAGUGAAUGACACAUAUAGAACUGAUCUUUGUCUACUGUACCCUCCCUUCAUGAUAGCCCUAGCUUGCCUACAUGUGGCCUGUGUUGUCCAGCAGAAGGAUGCAAGGCAGUGGUUUGCUGAGUUGUCUGUUGAUAUGGAGAAGAUUUUGGAAAUAAUCAGGGUCAUUCUAAAACUGUAUGAACAGUGGAAGAACUUUGAUGAGAGGAAAGAAAUGGCUACUAUUCUUAGUAAGAUGCCUAAACCGAAACCACCUCCAAACAGUGAAGGAGAACAGGGUCCAAAUGGAAGUCAGAACUCCAGCUAUAACCAGUCUUAAGACAUUCCAAAGAACUUUAUUAUGGACCACUUUGGAUCAAGACAUACUGGGAUCUUAAUUGUGUUCAUGAAAUGGACAGAAGGUUUUAAUAACAUCUUUGACAAAGAACUUGAAGAAUAAAUGGCUUGUUUCUAUCAA